AUGCUCUCUCUUUCCUUCGAUGACUGGGCUACCCACGAGGUCCAGGUCAAUCCCCUUAAUCCGCUUUCCUUACAAGACCCGCCCACCGAUCGCACACGGCUGGCCUCUUUGUCUCGGUCUUUGAUGUUUGGGCAGGAGCUCACAGACAGCGCCCUCCCCUCGCUAUUCGUUUCCACAGAUCUCCCCUUCUCCAUGAAAAACACGCGCUUCGUGGCAAUCUCAGCUGGCGUGGCUGCAUAUCUCGUCUGCGGAUCCGAGAGCAAUACCUUUAUGCUGUAUGACAUUCAAACCGGUGAACUUGAGCUUGAAAUGAACCCUGAGGUAGAUGGCUUCCUUCUUGGUGGUAUUGCAUAUGUAGUGAAGAAGAAAAGUGCUGCGCGAGUGGUCUUCAUGGUUGCAUAUAGUGCUACGGCGCUUUGCUGCUAUUACUACAAGGACAAGGUUCUUGAACAGCAGAAGAUCACUGCCUCCGUGCUUGGACUGAAGAACAUUGCCACAGUCACGUGCCUGCCAAUGGCGGAUGCAUCUUCAGAAUCGUUGGACACUAGCAAAGGCACCAUCAAAACCCACCAGCAGUUCUCCAUUUUAGUCGCGGACACAUCUGGAAACGUUGUACGCCUUACCAUUUCUACUAAAACUGAGGCGUUCAAAACCACUAUCAUCCAUGAAGCAGACACAGAUGCUUCUUUCUUGCAAUUGCACGCGGUAGCGGCUCCUCUUGCCAUUGAGGGGCUUGACCUAUAUAAAUCCAACGGCCCAGACUUCUCUGUUCUCAUAUUCAUCGUUUUCAAAGACAAGGUAGUAAUCAAGGCGUGCGGGACUAUUCCGCAAACAGUCCUUUCGAUGGGCGUGCUUGCUAGCCAAUUCCUCCCUGAGGGGCUCUUGCUUAGUGCGAUCACAGGGGUGGAAACGGGAUCUACGGGCGGGUUUCAGACAGCAUAUAACCUCAGGAUUCUUUUCACAUCUGAGUCCGAACUGAGCGUUGCUUCGCUAGUGCCGUUUAGCUCGAAACAUCAGGUUGCUCCAAGCGAAGUCAACUUUAAGCUGGAUCAUAAGCAGAAGUAUAGCCUUUUGGGCCUUCGUUCCGUCUGCUUUUUGGCGUCAGAUAUAGCAGUCUUCUUCUGCUCCAAAGCUUGGCAUGCUGCAUUUUUGAUUACACCCAUUGAUGCUCUCGGCCAUGAACCUGCUAUCUCACAUGUGCAGGAGAUCGAUUCUCACAGCUUGUCUGGGGAUUUCAACAUACUAGACAUUGAUACCCCUUUCUUCACCACAGAUCCCGUUUAUGGGCCGCGCCUGCUUUGCACGCCAACAGCUCCAAUUGCUAGUUGGCCUGCCAAAAUCUUGACUACAAAAACACUUGACUCCCUAUGUACUGGGCACGCGGCUUCGCGUUCUCAACAUCUCGCCUUACCACUAGUGUAUAACUAUGCUUACAGAGUUUUUGGUCUUGGACUACUAAAAUCUGAUAUAUUUGCGAAUUCCCUCUCUGUCCCGUUUAACCCAUUAGAGCUCUCGGCGUGCCUGUACAUUCACGAAAGUAACCACAGAUCAACAGCCUGGACAAAGCAUCUCGCCGGCUCCUUACAGGCUGCCCAUCUUUCUAAGGAUGGGCUCUCGACUGUUGAUAAGCUGCUUAACUUAAUAGUUAAGCUCUUCGAAGCACCUUUUCAGAACGAUUCCCAUGGCUACGUUGUGUCGGUCCAUCUCUUGGCCCUUGCAGCUAGUCUCAACGCUCUUUCGGCGUUCUUAGGGUUGGCACUGAAGACUUUUGGCAGCAGUUAUAUCUCCGAAGCACCGCCGUACUUUCUUGCUGCCCUUGUCUUCCUAACACUUAACUUUCAGCUCGACCUUUCAAUAGACGAUCUUUCCGCGCUUUUGGAUGUCCUUAAGACCCAAUUGGCCUGCUCUAAUACCUCUCACCAAUUCACUUGUCCAUUGAUUCAAGAGCCCGAGUUCAUUCUGCGCAGGGCCUUAGACCCAAACAAAGUCCUCGAAAACAUCCAAUCCAUAUGCUUACUGAACUCGUGCAACCGCCAGCAGUAUGACGAUCUGCUGGCUGUGACUACAAAUCGGAAACUAGAAGCUGCCCUUUUCUUCCUAUAUGUGCUUCGCGUCUUCGAUGACUCUAAGGAGGGUGGCGAAGGCGUGCUUCGGUCAGAUCCUUGGCCCGACUUUUUCAAAGAGAUCAGAAGGCAACAAGAUGCUGGCUCGCAGGAGGGUCUCUUUGCAUACCAUCAAUUCCUACGACUUGUGCUCACUGACUUUACAGAUGCAGCUACAACCAUACGCACUGCUAAUAUUUGUCUCCGAACAACGUCGGGCCUUUCUCUACACUUGCCUGUCUACCUUGCUAACCAGGCCGUUGUCAUUGACGCUUCUCGCGCGUCUUCGCUUUCAUCCGGCUUUUACAAGACGCUACACAAUAAAGUAUUUACGGGCAAUCCAAACGAGCUGGUCCUGGAGUGGAUUAGCAUAAGUUGUCGGGACUUCUGCCUAAUCGCACUCUCCUCUGUAGCGGCAAAAGCAGCCGGCCUUGUGCGCAAGUCCAGCGGUUCCAACUCGAAUUAUCUCAUGGAGUUCAAUCACGUUCUUAUUACCCUCCAGAAUCUAGUCUUCGAUACCUCAUUUAUCGAGAACCUGAAGAGCGUCGACUCGGUGGACAAUCCACGGAUCUUUAGGCGGAGCGUCACCACGGGAAGGCUGAACUUUGAGAGCCUGCUGUUGCUCAGUCACGUACUCUUUGAUAUUUCCAUGAUUGUCCUAGACAUUAUGAGGCACACUUCUCCUGGAACUCCCGUGCAGAACGAGGCGUUGAGGAAGCACGGCAUUCUCCCGGAAAUUGACAGGAUUGCUGCUUGCAAAAUGUUAUCGCGUCUUCCAGAGUGCUGCUGGAUAUACCUCCUACUUGUUCGCGCCAUGGAAACACCAGAGCAACUCGAGGCGUGUCUGACCACCGAUACGGCUGACAACAUAUUCACAAAAGCAUUCAGCUGCCAAAGUGCGCGGGAAAUGUAUGCGGAUGCUGCGCUUCUUGUACACUUUCCUAUGUUUUUUCUCCCAAAGUACCUGUCUGUUCGCUCGAGGCGCUUCUCAUCCAUAUACACAUUUCUACACUACGUUCCGUGGUAUUUUCCGCUAGAUCUUGCUAAGAUCUACUGCUGCCUUACUGAUCUUACCAGCGGGCAUGAGGAAUCGAUCUCGCCCUUAUCUAGAUUUGACAGUGUGUCUGCUCAGCCUUUUGUUUCGACUGCCUCUCUCUUGAUUACACCGCAGUAUAGCCGACCCUUCCUAUGCUCCACUCUCUUAUCUGUGCUCCAAGAUGGGCCGCUAGCCACUGUCGAUGCUUUCGCGGCAUCUGCUCUCACGCUCUUCUUUGCGACACCUCGUGGGCUAAAUCUGUCGUUAUUGUCGAGCCUGCAGCACCUCUUGCCUAUUGAUGCCGGUGCGCCUGUAGAUGACUUAGUUUUUACAUUAGCAAAAACCAUCGACAUUAUCUUCUCUAACGUACUCCCUGGCAUAGAUGGCCUGGCUAUUAAUCCUGUUCAAGAGUCUUGCCAUUUGACUAGGCUGCUUUCUGGAAUAGACUACAAGAGUGUCCAUGACUUUCUCAGUAACCCGUCGGAAUUUGCAGCGACCAUGCUUCGGAUUUUCAGACACUCUCCGUACGACCUUUUAAGGGUGUACUUCUAUAAACAUUUCCCUGCCGCCCAGGCUCUUCCUGACGUGCCAGCAGAGAAUAAACUAUUAAAGGAAGCCUACAUAAAUACAGGAACGCGCUUUCUGUUCUCUAUCCUCUUCCCAGAUGAUCUUCUUGAUACUAAGGGCAAUUCAUCUCAACUAAACGGUCAGAUUAGGCGUGGCUGUUCGAAGAUCUUGGGGACAGAUAUAGUGGGCCCGGAACUUUUGCUGUUUGGGCUCGACGAUGACGGCCACCCCUCGCAGGACUGGAUUCACUUUACUAAGAAGAACUCCCUGACCCAAGAACAGAGAGGAAUUGUUUUUUCCGUUAGUCAGUUUCUAAUCAUGAACUGCGCUGAGAAUUCGUUGGUGAAGAAAGGCCAACGCGAGGCUUUGACAUGGGUCUCUUAUAUCCUUCCCCUCAUGGAUGAGUCCAUAGCCAAGAGGCUUGUCAGUGAUGUCCUUGGUAAAAGUCCACUUGACGGGGAAGUGCAGUUCUUGCUCUCCUUGCAAUUGGCGCAAUUUUGCGACUCGGGGUCCAUCUCGGUUCAUUUUUAUCAACGGUUCACAUAUCUUCUUCAGAACCACGAAGCUAAGCAAGCAGAGUUAGAAUCCUUUAUAGAAAAGACGCUUUCGCUUUAUCUCUCACAACUUACUGGGGCAAACGGCGAGGUCGUCAAAGAGCUCUUUAAGGCCCUGUCGACUGUACAGGAUGAACGCUCGUACUUUGACUAUGCGCUAAAGACCCUUGCCACUCUCAGAGAAACGCUCUAUGUAGAUGCUGCAGAUACUCUGGUUCUGCAUCUAAUGCAGCUUGGCGAUACCUCACGGAUAUUGCAGCUAAUUAAGCUCCUCUCCCGUCAGCUUAACUCCGAUCUUAUUACGCAGGAUGCUAUACUCAGCGCCGGGAUUGCCGACCAGUCUCACUCUCUGAACAUGCGCAUUACCAUGCUCAGACAGGGGACAACAAUUGGAGCGCUCAAAUGCUUCAUGUGUCAGCAGCCAGUUUACAAGGAGCCUGUCUAUCCCAAAUCGGUGAUUACAUCCAUAGAGGCAGGAAAGAAUGUCCAGCUCGAAAGGCAGAUCUCUCCUUCAGAAGCAAAGACCACGCAUGUCUUUUCAUGUGGCCAUGUAUUUCAUCAUGCGUGCCUCAACGAGACUGAGGAAGGGCUGCAGAGGCGGGCUGACGUCCUUAACAGGUAUCUUCUGGGGGAGAUCACCACUUGUGAGUAUCCAGCACACUACAAGAUCGAAUGCCCAGUGUGUAAAUGA